AUGUCUCUUCCGUGGAAACGCCUAAUCCGCUUCAUCGCCACAGACGGCCGUACCCUGCGCGGCGAGCCAAUUCUUCCCACGCCAACAACAGAUCUGGGCUUUAUAACCGAGUCAGACAAGCUGCAAGCACGUGUAAUUUCCGGCGACGACCUCUACGACACCACGGGGAAAACACGCGUCACCGAUGAGACCGUCUCCGUGAAGACCGUGCUAGGUCCGUUGGCGCAGGCAGAUGUUCCUAUUUUGCGCUGUGUUGGACUGAACUAUGCGAAGCAUAUCAAAGAAGCCGGCCGCACCCCACCCCCAUUCCCAUUCAUCUUCUUCAAGCCAAACACCACAGUCCAUGACCACGGCGCACCAGUAGCAAUCCCGCAGAUUGCCCAGGACUCGCAGGCAGAUUACGAAGGCGAGCUGUGCAUGAUUAUCGGGCGCGAUGCGAAGAACGUCUCUCCGGAGAAUGCGCUUUCGUAUGUAGCCGCCUACACAGUCGGGAACGACAUCUCAGCGCGCAAGCUGCAGCGUAACCCGGAGCUUGCGGGACGAGUGCCGCAAUGGGGAUUCUCCAAGGGAUUUGAUACGUUUGCGCCGCUAGGACCAUGUCUUGUUGCUGCGAGCGAAAUUGCUGAUCCUAGUAAGCUGCUGUUGAAGACGAUUGUUGAUGGGGAGGUUAGGCAAGAGGAGUAUAUUGCAGAUCUUUUGUUUGAUUGCGCAUAUCUGGUGUCGUACCUUUCGCAGGGUACGACGUUGCAGAAGGGCAGUGUUAUCAUGACAGGAACGCCAGGUGGUGUCGGCGCUGGUCUUUCACCCCCGAAGUACCUUGUCCCUGGAACACAGAUGGAUGUUUUUAUUGAUGGGAUUGGAACGUUGAGGAAUGGUGUGGUGUUCGAUUGA